AUGCGGCAUGUUUACGACGUACGUUUGCAUGGCAAAGAUCUCGCGAAGCUAAUGGAACUCUUCAAAUUUCUUGGAGACAAGUGGACAGCGUUCAUGGGAUUUGCAAGGACGACGUUAAAGUUGCACACGCUGCUUGUUCACUGCCCAAGGGAAUUACUGCAGUAUGGCACGCCUGCUGAUUUCACCGCCUUCCACUUCGAAUCCUUCAACAGAAAACUGAAAGUUCGUCAACAGUGCAGCCGUGGUGUCGUCGGCCUAUUUGUCCUGCUUCAUGAACUGCUGCAGCGGAAUAUUGACGCAUCACAGCGGUCUGCACAGUCACGGGCAUUCCUCGAGCAUUUGGGUGUCUGUGACUCGCAGUAUUCAAGUAAAUAUGUUGUACUUCGAAACGGUGGCCGACUGUUAAAUAUGGACGGGAAUGAAAACGGUAUUGAAGCACAGGGACUGCAAAACAAAACUACCUAUCAACGAUACGAAUACCACGGUCGCACUUAUGCUUCGCGG